GGGGAAACACCGAGCUAAUCUGGUUACAUAAAAUGCCUUUGAAUUUGUGGAGCGUCUCUGCACUAAUCCUCUGAACUAUUCAUGUUCAACUGUCCCGCAGCGAAAUAACACACACACACACACGCAUACACACACUUGUGGCUCGGUUUGCGCAGAUGCGCUGCGCAAGGAGGCAAGGAGAAUACGAUAAAAGUAUAUGGUGAUAUAUAUUUUGCUGUACACGUUAAGGCUCAGGGUGUAUUGGGCUAUGCCUCACGUUGUAGAACCGAACUGGCGGCUUGUGCUGUUCGCGCCCGUGACGAUUCCGCUGACGCGCCACUAACCGCACCACCCAGGAGACCGGAGACAAGAGCCGUGCGCGACGGAACGAGCAGGGGACUGGAAAGCGGUCUCUCUUUCUCUUUCUCUUUCUAUUCUCCUUUCUUGACCACUGUCCGUGGACGUGAAGCCUGCCGUGCCACAUUAAAGCAGUGAUCUCCAACAGUAGCAUCUUCCCAGGCUCUUCUGCAGAGAUGGAGGUACCAGGUUUGGCGCACAACAUCACCAGCCCAUUAAGUCCCUGCGAGGGGAUGAUCAAGGACCUGAGCCUGGACGCCAUACAGUUAUGCGAACGAGAUGGAAGUAAAUCCCAGGACGGCAGCAUCUCAGAAAUGGAGGAGCUCCCAGUCCCACAGAACAUCAAGAUCAGCAACAUCACCUGCGACUCCUUCAAGAUCUGCUGGGACAUGGAACCGCGCAGCAAGGAGCGUAUCACACACUACUUCAUUGACCUGAACAAGAAGGAGAACAAGAACUCAAACAAGUUCAAGCACAAGGAUGUUCCCACUAAACUGGUGGCCAAGGCAGUCCCUCUGCCCAUGACUGUGAGGGGUCACUGGUUCCUGAGCCCACGUACAGAGUACACCGUAGCCGUUCAAACCGCAUCCAAACAGACUGACGGGGAUUACGCCGUUUCUGAAUGGAGCGAAAUUAUCGAAUUCUGCACUGCUGAUUAUUCCACGGUGCAUCUAAACCAGCUGCUGGAGAAAGCAGAGGUCAUCGCUGGUCGGAUGCUGCGUUUCUCUGUCUUCUACAGGAACCAAAACAAGGAAUACUUUGACCACUGCAGGGAGGCGCAGGAGAACCGGAUGUUGCCGUCAGUGAAGGACAACAGCGGCAGUCACGGCUCACCCAUCAGCGGCAAACUAGAGGGCAUCUUCUUCAGCUGCAACACAGAGUUCAACACAGGCAAGCCUCCGCAGGACUCCCCUUACGGCCGCCACCGCUUUGAGGUCCGUGCUGACGUGCUCUUCAGCCCAGACACCAACUUGUACUUUGGGGACUUCUACUGCAUGUAUACAGCAUACCACUACGUCAUCCUGGUCCUGGCACCCAAGGGCUCCAGAGGUGACGAGUUCUGCAAGCAGAGGCUCCCCGCGCUCGACAUCACCAACAACCGCUUCCUCACCUGCAAGCAGAAUGAAGACGGCGACGGCGAGCUGGUGUUUCACCACGCACAGGAUGUCAUCUUGGAGGUUAUCUACACUGAGCCCGUGGACCUGGCGCUGGGUACGGAGGCGGAGAUCAGCGGGCACCAGCUGAUGAGUCUGUCCACAGUAAAUGCCAAGAAAGACCCCAGCUGCAAGACCUGCAACAUCAGUGUGGGACGCUAAAAGAAGCCGAAUGUAAGCGAGGGAGGGAAGGACUAGAGGUGGCUGACCUCUAAACACACACAGGAAGUCCACGUGAACUGAUGAAGCAGACCAACAAUGCAUGAAGCAGCAGAUUUAGUAGGCUCCCAGACAUGCACACUGACAUAUCACAGCUCUGUACUCUAAUAGAUCAUCCCUCCAAAAGCAGAGCAGAGUUCAAAAUACUCACAUCUACACCUGCACCGCUGUCUCCUCACCUGAGAAGGAUUACCCUAAAUGUUGAAAACGUCCAUACAAACACACCUAAAUUAAAGCCACAUGAAAGACCUCGAACCAUGAAAUGUAAAUCAUGGACACUGACAACAUAGAUCAUCAUUAAAUCCUGGAAUACAACACCGGCGUGCUGACCAAACCCUUUAAUAGUACUAACAAACAUGGGCUGCUUCUGUUAAAUUUCUUUUUGUUUAUUUGAGUCUAUUGUACCUAUUUUAUUAAUGAUAUUUGCCUUGUUAUUACUGAUAUGGAUUGUGUGUUGUUUCAUAUUAAUUUAAGUUUUUUAUUUUUUUUUUGCUCUCUUUUUUUUUUGCCUUUUUAUUUCCAAAUCUGCAGUAGACAUAUUCAAACUUAUUUUGACCUUCUACUAGUUGCAAGGACUGGUACUACAAUUUCUUAGGGCUGCAGCAUCAAUUGUCAUCUUUCUUUAUACCAAAGGUAUUAAAAACCAGAUCAAACAGCUGUGGGAUCCUCAGAGUACUAAUGCAACAGCCUCUAAAAUGUGUACUCUCCAGGUCUUUGAUGACCAGUGUGAACUACUCAUUAACUUGUUAACCUUUAAAAGCAUGAUGCAGUUCUGUGCAGCAUGAGUAUGAAAGCUGUCAGUACCUCUACCAUCACAACCUUUUCUGCAACCGUCUCCUUUGUUUUACUGUAGUGAACAGAAAGAAAGAAAAUAGAACCAUAAACUGUGUUUAGCAGAAUAAAUGUGAAAAAAUAUUUAUUUUUAUUGAUAUAUAUAGAUAUAUAUAUAGAAAAUUAUAUAAACCAGAAGUGCACAAUGUCAAGAGCUCUGAUAAUUGUCACCAAUGGCAUUUAGUGGGAAAUAACAUUAUACAAGCAAAAUGGGGGAUGAAUACAAAUUGGACAGUAGAUUUACCUUGCACUUGCACAAGAUGCCAACGUUCAUUUUUUUCCAAGGUGAACAUGUAAAAUGAAUAGUCACAAUUCAUAAUAAAUAUAAAACUCCUAAUGCAUAUCAUAGCACAAAUUGACAUGCACAAAUGCCACAGGAUUGUUUUCAUUGACUGCAUAUAAACUAAAAUCCUUCUUGCCAAGAUAGCACUUUUUUUAGAAUGCAGUUUCCACAACGACUCAAGACGCUUGUGUCCAAAAAUAGUGUUCUGGGAAGGAAAAAGCAAGUAACAAAGUGCCAUAAUAUACAUACGGUAGAAACAAAAAAAUCCUAAUAUGUAACAAACAUCAACUGGUUACAGCUCCUCAUCACUGACAUGAAUCGUGCUACAUAACAUACACUUGCUACAUCAGGUUUAUAUAAGGCUGGAUCAUGAAUGAUAAGAGAUGUGUUUUGGGGACUAAAACUCUGCAGUUGCCCACCAACUCAUUUGGUUCGUCACCAUUUUCCAUUACUUUUUCUCAUGUAAAGUGCAUCAACAUUAUGAGCAUGGCAUGAAAACAAGUUCAGACCCAGUCAAUUCUCAGCAAGAUUUUUGGGAAAUGAUUGAGUCUUGUUUGUUCAGAUUUAAAGUCCCACUGUGAGAAACUCAACUGGUGUUGGUUGAGUCCUGUUGUUUACUGAGCAGGGCCUCCAGUAGACGGAGCUUCGCUUUGAGGUUCUUAUACUGGCAGUACUCCUCGGCCAUCGGUCCACGGUCCUCCUUUUGACAAACCCUGUUAAAAAAAUAAGAGGAGGAAAGAAGAUGCAACAAAAGGCAAAACUUUUUUUAAAUUGUUUCCAAAACAACCUGCAGCUUCCAUAACUGGUGGAUAGUCCCUAUGUUGCCUUACUCAGAUAGCUUUGUACAGUGUGUAUUGUAAUCAGAAACUUACUGUAUUUACUUUGGAGGACUAACAUGUACAGUACAAAGGAAGUGUACAGUUCAGAUCAAACGUCUAUCUCUUCGUCUCUUUCCUGAGCUCUCUGUGCUUUAUUAAUGUUAAGUGAGUGUGCUUUACACUGUCGUACCAUUACAAUGGAAUUUUUGUGGAUGUUUUUUUGUUUGUUUUUCACAAGGCAUUGUUGAAAACCAAAUGUUCCAAGUUUAAUAAAAGACAAUAAAAUUCAAAAGGCAAGUA